AUGUCAACCCACAAAGCGGCGGUGAUUCAUGCCCGGGACAAGCCCCUGGUCGUGGACAAUGUGCCUCGCCCUGUGGCAUCGACUGGUGACGCCAUCGUCCGCAUCCUAGCUGCUGAUAUUGUCCCCUAUAUGAAAGAGGUGAUCACGAACCAGCGACCAUACCCGCUCUCCCUUCCCAUGACUCCGGGAAACACGGCCAUCGCGCGCAUCCAUGAAGUUGGACCCGACUGUGUCACCCUCAGGCCGGGUCAACUUGUCUUCUGCGACAUAACCAUCCGCGCGCGCGAUAACCCCACCGUCACCAUGCUGUAUGGGGUUCAUGGAGCAAUUCAUCCUGCGGCGCAGAAACUCAUGGAUGGAGUCUGGCGCAACGGAACAUAUGCUGAAUACGCGCGGUUCCCUCUGGAGAACCUGUAUCCGCUGGACGAGGAAGUUCUCCUGGGGCGGCUGGGAUACAGCAUCAGCGACCUCUGUCUCUUGACCGCAUACCUGGUCCCCUUUGGCGGGCUGGCUGUGGUGAUCGUGGCCCCGGCUACAGGGCGUUUUGGUGGCGGCGCGGUGGGCGCAGCCCUGGCCAUGGGGGCCACCGUCAUCGCAGCCGGUCGCAACAGGGCAGCUCUGGACAAACUCGAGCGCAUCCAUGGUACACAGCGACUUAUCACAGUCCAAAUCACUGGGGACGAGGCUACCAAUACGCAGUCCUUCAAAACAGCGGUCGGCCAACCGGAGGGGGCCCAUGUAUACCUGGACCUGUCGCCCCCAACCAUUCAGGACUCAUCCCUGUUAGUUGCCGGUAUUCGUGCGCUGGGAUCAUUCGGUCGAUGUGUCCUGAUGGGCGGUCACUUGGGGAGUAUUCAGGUGCCUUACGGCGAGAUCAUGUUCAAGGGCAUUCGCGUUCAGGGACGGUUUAUGUACGAUCGUCCGCAUGUGUUCCGGCUGAUUCAAAUGGUGCGGUCUGGGUUGCUUCAGCUGGGCGGGAAGGGCGGCGUCACUCACAUCGAGGAAUUUGGGCUGGAUGAAAUUGAAGGCGCAUUAGAUGCGGCAGGAAAAUUGAGUGGCUGGGGGGGUCAGGUUGUGUUGAGGCCGUAG